UGCCGCCGCCAUCAGUACACCGGAUCACAAAGUGGGCGGAGUCAGGGUCAGGUAGAGGCGGGGAGAUCCUCUCGGCGGGGCGUUGAUUGGCUUCUAAAACGUGACGUCACGGAUGCGAUCUGUUAUAAAGAAAUGUCGGCGCGGGACAUUCGUACAGAGCGAAGACGACAGAUCAAUCCCAUGAUGUCUCCAGGCCGCCAUGUUCUUCUGCUCCUCCUCCUCCUUCCUUUAAGGACUGGGGCAUUUUUUGGCUGGUUCACCCGUAAGUCUUCUAGUGUAAAAUCUGCAUCCCAGAAGGAGCCGGCCCCGGACCCCCAGACUCUACCAGGGGCCCCAUUUGAGAUGAUCACAACCGAUGAGAAGUUUUUAGCUGAAGCCAAAGACCUGGAGCUUUCUCCUCUGGACAGCUGUAACUAUAAGGUGGUCAGUCAGCUGAGGGCGUCGUGCACAGAAAUGUCUGAAGAAGAGAUCGCAAAAUUUGGGGUUUUGCUGUUUAACUGUCAGGCGGAAGUGGAGGGGCGUAAGACGUACUCCUGUACUGAAGACAUGACCCUUGCGGAGUGCACAUCAUCGAUGGACCCAGAUACCUGGAACGCCUACCACAUCGUCAGUAACCGGGCGCGCUCCGUCUGCUACGCCGCACGACAGCUCCAUUUCAGACGUCGGACAGAACUCACGGUGAACACUCUGGUGUCGACCGCCAUGAACCAACUGGAGGCCAUGAAAAUGCUGAAGGUAGCGAUGGAUAAAAUUCCCCAGCGACACUUGGGUGCGGUGUUCGAUGCGCUCUCGGAGUCUAAGAAUCUAAGUCCGAAUUCCUCAAUUUGCAGUAACAUGUCAGUGUCCUCUAUGUCCCCGCGCGCGUUCUGUCAGGCGAUCACCAGGGCGGGUCAGCCGUGCAGGAACAAAGCCAGCGGAGGUCAGGAGUUCUGCAGAGUCCACGCCUCCGGUCAGACAUCCUACAUCACAUCCUGAUCGCGGUAAAUGGACGUUAUCGCCGUGGACUCUACCGCCGCGUUCUCUGCAGAUCUACACCAGUCUCCAGAACUGAUGCACUUUAUCCUGCUCCAUAUUGAGACUUUAUUUGCAGGUUUUGCACUUUAUUCCUUGUCUUAGAACAGGACUUUUAUUAUUGUAGAUAUUAUAGAUCAUUCAGAACCUGGAGUUAUGUGGCGCCCAGAUUGGGGCCCUGGGAUGAGGUGAUGACUCCUGCGAUGCUUUUCCUGCAGGUUCCCGUCUGUCGUCGUCUUCUUCUCUGUUUUUAUUACUUUGUAUCAUGUGACUUAUUGGUGUCUGUAGAAUCGGAUUUUAUAAAUUGUCGUUUU